UCUCUGGUCUCCAGGUGACCCCGGAUCAGCCGGGGACCAGGCUCCACGUGGUCCUGGGGAACGAAGCGUGUGACGUGGACUCCAUGGUGUGUGCUCUGGUCUACGCCUACUUCCUGUCCAAGACUGGGGACCCCGGGUCCCGGGCCGUCCCGGUGUUGAACAUCCGUCAGUCUGAGUUGUCUCUGCGUCCAGACGCCGUCUUCCUGCUGCAGCAGCUGUCUCUGUCCCCAGACCUGCUGCUGUUCAGGGACCAGCUGGACCUCCGGGUCCUGGUCCACGCCGGGCGCCUGGCGCUCACGCUGGUGGACCACAACGUCCUGCCCAGGUACCAGGGCCGGGGGGGGGCAGGUAGUCAUGUGAUGUAG